AUGAAUCGUAUUAUUGAGGAAAAAUUUCGUCAACUUAAUAUGUCCACCGGCAGCUUGGACGGAAUGGUAAUCACUCGAGACAAUGAACUCAUUUCUUUUCGAAAUGACGCCGACUAUGAAUUGGUUAGACAGGCAGCGGUUGCUGCUGUCUGCGCAGAAGGUCAAGCUGGAAGCCAUGAACAUAUUGAUCAGCUAUCUUCUGCGUCAAUUCAACCGCACAUGAGGAGUUCCAGUGCAUCGGAUCGGCUUGUUGACCGCCCACGAAAGAAUAAUAGCCAACCCCCUCUCUCCAGUCCUCAGCCAGUGGUGCUAUUGUAUCCUCCCCAUGACUUCAGUAAAUCAGGCGUGAUCCGAAUAGCAGACGCGAUUCUGCAGAAACUUGAAGCUCAAGCAGUGAUCGCACCGGGCAUGAGAUGUCCUGAAAUCAAUAGCGUCUUUCGCCGAUGGCCUUCAGGUUUCCAGAAUGCCUUAAUUCCCGAAGGACUCACUGUAUUGAGUCCUCAAGAGACUGUACGGCAGGUGCAUCAUCAACUUCCAGCUGUUCUAUCGGAAAAUUUCACAACACGAGCGGUUUCUGUAGGUAGAUCGAGGGAUCCAUCUAAUGCCACGAAGUUGACGACCAUUACGAAUUCUACCAUGGUGGGAAUAGGAACAGCAAACUCCCUAUUCCGGCCCCUUUCGGCUAUGGACAACGCUCUAAGUCCAACUUUGUGUAUAUCGGGUAGUUCUGAAAAGGCUGGAUCAAUGAGUGCUUUAGGUGUUGAGGUUGGACGUCGGGAUCGAUCCGAAGACGUCUAUCGUGUAGCUCCCCAAUUGCGACCAAUCUCCCAUUCUUUCAGUGGCGAUGGCAGCAGCAAUAUCGACCCAAAAACCGAUCGCGCGAUCUCUUCUGAACUCUCUCGGGUAUAUCUUGAUUCCGCUGUCAAGGCGCGUAUUCGAGCAGCCAUCUAUCGUGAAUUGAAGCACAAUGCCCAGAUAAAUCCAGUAUCUCAAGAUCGACGCAGAAACCACAACAAGGUAGAUGCUUCUGAGUUGCCACAACAAAUUUCCUACUGCAGUUCGGAUGGAGGGAAAGGGGAAAUGUUAACUGGACAGGGCAGCGCUAAUGGAGGAGGACCGAAUUACUGCCCCUCCUGCGGUCAAGACGCCAGCGCUCGACCUUCUUCGAACCCUGCUUCGAGAUAUGGAGUCCCUGUUUACCCAUCUGGAAAUCGAGGAACCAUCAUGAGUAUCCUUAUGGAUAAAUUAGAUCUUCAAUUACUUCGGAGUCCUUCAUUUCUUUUAUUCUCUCUUGCCUGCACGUUGCAUAUGUUUGCAUUUUUCGCACCCUACCAUAUGCUUCCAGUAUACAUUUCUCUGGAAGGUCGGACAUUAUCCUGUGGUCAAUUGAUUUUAUCCACCUACUUCGGCGGUACCUUCCGAAUUCCAGAGCUCCUAGCUAGUCCAGUAAGCCUGACCUUCACCAUUGGAAUCGGUCAUCUUCUUGGAAGACUUAUUGCUACCUUCUACAUCGAGCGCAUUGUCAGCGAGCCGUCAUUUCUCCAUCACCGUGAAGGCGAUGACAGUGAUGACGAAAGUACGAUAUUUAUACGGUUUCCACGCCGAAUCCUCCAUACUCUGUUACGUAAAUUAGCUGAUCCAAUGAUCCUCAAUAUUUUUUCGUUGGUGGUUGGAGGUUUCUGUCUUAUCUGCAUUCCUUUCACCACUCUUCCAAUCUCGUCUUCCCAACAAAUUCCCGCCUGUUCAUAUUUCACACCUCUUAGGGGCAUUCUCUUUGUCCUCGUCUUCCUGCACACACUAUUCAGUGCUCUUGCAAUAUCCCUUCGAAGUUUAAUUGCCGUGGAACUAAUAGGCGUCCAUCAUCUGGCAGCAGCUUUUGUGUAUCUUCUUGUAUUUCAGGGCACUGGAGCUAUCGCCGGACCCAUCGCAAUAGGGUUACUUACAGAAGUCAUAUCUCGCGUACAGAUAAAUGCCCAAUUACUGUCAGAACCUCAAUACCUCUUCACAGGUGCGGAUAAAAAUCCAUUAAAUUGGGCUUAUUAUGUCUGCGGAUUGGUAUUUCUUCUGUCAGCUCUAACUUAUGCACCACUGAGGCUAAUAUCUGCUUGGGAAACUCGAAAGUAUUUUAGUAAACGGAAAAUGAGUGGUUAUACUUCUUGUCAUUCGAAAAAUUCGGCAUUCAAUAAUACACCAGACGAUGUAUUAAGUCAGCAGGUGCGUCGAAAUGACUCGUCAUUCACAGAUGAUGCGUCCGUAUCCAAUUUGGGCGAUGGUCAACUUCCUUUGUCCUCCGCAAAGCUCAAAUCUUCGAUGUGGCCAAUCAAGCCCUCUAGUUCCCUUUCAAAGGGGGCCGCUUGGCGAAGGUUUGAUCAGACUACUAUAAUGGCUAAUCUUCAAAGAUGA